AAGCUAUAAUGGGUAUGUCAGUGUGGCUUUUCUGUUAUAAGAAUGAAGUCUUACAUGUCUUUCUUGUAAGCACAUUGCAAGACUUAAAGACCCUAAUAUGGUCAAUGCAGGAGAUAUGAAUGGUUCUGGCAACCUGAUGGAUUUUCUGGAUGAGCCUUUCCCUGAUGUUGGGACUUAUGAAGAUUUCCACACCAUUGACUGGCUGCGGGAGAAAUCACGCGACACUGACCGCCAUAGAAAGAUUACAAGCAAAAGUAAGGAAUCCAUAUGGGAGUUCAUCAAGAGUUUGCUGGAUGCCUGGUCAGGAUGGGUUGUAAUGCUUCUCAUAGGACUCCUGGCAGGCACGUUAGCUGGCGUGAUAGAUUUGGCUGUGGACUGGAUGACAGACCUGAAGGAAGGUGUCUGCCUGUCUGCCUUCUGGUACAGCCACGAGCAGUGCUGCUGGACGUCUAACGAAACUACAUUUGAUGACAGGGACAAAUGUCCCCAGUGGCAGAAAUGGUCUGAACUUCUUGUAAGCCAGUCUGAGGGUGCAAGUGCUUACAUUCUAAACUAUUUUCUAUACAUUAUGUGGGCUCUAUGUUUUGCUUUCCUGGCAGUCUCCCUAGUCAGAGUGUUUGCUCCCUAUGCCUGUGGCUCUGGAAUCCCAGAGAUAAAAACCAUCUUGAGUGGGUUCAUUAUUAGGGGCUACCUGGGAAAAUGGACACUUUUAAUCAAAACUGUCACCUUGGUUCUGGUGGUAUCUUCAGGCCUCAGCCUUGGGAAAGAAGGGCCGUUAGUCCAUGUGGCCUGUUGCUGUGGAAACUUCUUCAGCAGCCUGUUCUCAAAGUACAGCAAGAAUGAAGGAAAGAGGAGAGAGGUGCUCUCAGCUGCAGCUGCCGCAGGAGUAUCUGUUGCCUUUGGGGCCCCAAUCGGAGGUGUGCUUUUUAGUCUGGAAGAGGUCAGCUACUACUUUCCUCUCAAAACCCUCUGGAGGUCAUUUUUUGCUGCUCUCGUGGCUGCCUUCACACUGAGGUCCAUCAAUCCCUUUGGAAACAGCCGGCUGGUCCUGUUCUAUGUGGAGUACCACACCCCCUGGUACAUGGCUGAGCUCUUCCCCUUCAUCCUGCUCGGCGUCUUUGGUGGCCUCUGGGGGACCCUCUUUAUCCGAUGCAACAUUGCCUGGUGCAGGAGGCGAAAAACCACCAGGCUGGGGAAAUACCCAGUGCUGGAGGUGAUAGUGAUAACAGCCAUCACUGCCAUCAUCGCCUACCCCAACCCCUACACUCGGAGGAGCACCAGCGAGCUGAUCUCAGAGCUCUUCAAUGACUGCGGUGCCCUGGAGUCCUCGCAGCUCUGCGAUUAUAUCAAUGACCCAAACAUGACCCGGCCGGUGGACGACAUUCCUGACAGACCUGCUGGCCCUGGAGUAUACACAGCCAUGUGGCAGCUGGCCUUGGCUUUGGUGUUUAAAAUUGUCAUCACAAUAUUCACGUUCGGCAUGAAGAUCCCUUCAGGUCUUUUCAUUCCCAGCAUGGCUGUUGGAGCCAUGGCUGGCAGGAUGGUUGGGAUUGGAGUAGAGCAGCUGGCAUAUCACCACCAUGACUGGAUCAUCUUCAGGAACUGGUGCAGACCUGGGGCAGACUGCGUCACGCCAGGACUUUAUGCUAUGGUGGGAGCGGCAGCUUGCUUGGGUGGUGUUACCCGAAUGACUGUGUCUCUGGUGGUGAUUAUGUUUGAGCUAACUGGAGGCCUGGAGUACAUCGUACCUCUUAUGGCUGCAGCUGUCACAAGCAAGUGGGUGGCAGAUGCCUUUGGGAAAGAAGGGAUCUAUGAAGCUCACAUUCACCUGAAUGGCUACCCCUUUCUGGAUGUGAAGGAUGAAUUCACCCACCGAACCCUGGCAACCGAUGUCAUGAGACCAAGGCGUGGUGAAGCUCCUCUCUCUGUUCUGACACAGGACAGCAUGACAGUGGAGGACGUUGAGACACUAAUCAAGGAGACUGACUACAAUGGCUUUCCAGUGGUGGUUUCAAAAGACUCAGAGAGACUUAUUGGAUUUGCACAGAGACGAGAGCUGAUUCUUGCAAUAAAGAAUGCAAGACAGCGUCAGGAUGGGGUGGUGAGCAACUCCAUCGUGUAUUUCACUGAAGACCCCCCAGAACUGCCACCCAACAGUCCCCAUCCGCUGAAGCUGCGGCGUAUUCUCAACCUGAGCCCUUUCACUGUCACUGACCACACGCCAAUGGAGACUGUGGUAGAUAUUUUCCGGAAACUUGGACUGCGGCAGUGUCUUGUCACUCGGAGUGGGAGGCUGCUGGGUAUCAUAACUAAAAAGGAUGUAUUAAGACAUAUGGCUCAAAUGGCAAACCAGGACCCUGAAUCUAUCAUGUUUAACUAGCCUGGUAAAGGAAGAACAAAGUAACCCCAAAGGAAUUCCUUCUAGGUUAACAUAAAGGCUGUGUUUGGUGUAUAAUUUGUUUAAAGACAAAAUGUAACAUGUAUGAGGAAUGGCCCAAUAUGUCUCUGACAGAGGGAGUGGAUGCAAGAUGGCACUUACUUAAUGAGGAAGGCAGUUUAGAAGCUCCGAGCAGCUGUAGACAUCAAGCUGUUUCCUUAAUGAGAUUUCCAGCAGCUCAGCUGGAGUGUUGGUGGGUGUAAGUCAUGUAGUGCUUAGAGACAGAGCCAGGAGUGCCAGUGGGAUGCAUCAGUGUUCACACUAACUCUUGAGGCAGGUGCAAAGACUAGCAGACACUCUUUAUGCACAAGCCAUUAACAGAUGUAAAGAUUUGUAUUCCAAACUAAAGGGUGUGUAUGAGUAACAUCAGCUUUUGUUACUGAAAUAAUGGUUAUUUAUUUGUGACUGAAUUAUGCCAUUUUCAUGAGGGGGAAAAAAAGUCAUUUUAAAUGAAAAUUUUUGUCAUCUUCAUUUAUUUUUGUAAAAGUUAAGUGAACCAGGACUGGAGUUAAAGGAGCAAGAACACACUUCAACUCACUUCAAAACAAAUUGUCCCCUGCUCCCUAAUAUAAUCCUUCAAAUUUUAUACAUUUUAGCAUUCCUGUCAAUCAGCUUCCCUUUAUUGAUGUUGAAAUGUGACUUGUUUGUAACAGUUUAUUAUUUCUCUAUGCAAUUUUGCAUACAGGUACUGUAAUAUUUAGUAUUAUGGGGCUUGCUGUGACAACUGGAAAGAAUAUAGAAGCCUGUGGAGGAAUUUUCAAAGGCGCUGAAGGGAGACUGGUAUCCAGCUUUCAUCAAUGUUAGUGACAAGAGUUUGAAUCCUUCACCUGUCUUCCCUUGUGUAUGUCAUAAUUUUUCACAAACUAAUUAAGUUCUGCAUUGAUUCCUAUUCUCCAUUUAGUUCAUCUUUGCUAUUUUUUGGCAGCUGUCUGCGCCUGUCAAGAGAUUGCUGAAGUUAAUUUAACAGUCACAGACAUUUAUUCUGUAGCAGAUCUACCCUUUAUGCAUCUGCCAGUCAUAGGAUUGUGGAAUCUAUCUCCACAACACUGUGGCUAGAUAAGAUUAAAUGGACUGAGAAUGUAAACAAUGAUAGAAAAGCUUUAAUCAUUGAUCUGUUUGCAGCAGGAACACAAGAUAUAACAGCCUCUGCUAGGGACCUCCAAGUCACUCAGGUAAAAAUGCUAAGUUUUCCUAAAUCCUUGGUCCUAUGUGAGAUGCACAGUCAAUGCGGUCUGUGUUAAUAUACUAGCACUUUAUGCUAUCCGUAACAGAAGACCAAAUUCUUCUCUCAGUAACACACAAUCCACCCUGCCCAGGGCAUGCUUUGAAACUGUAAGCUUAAGACUGGAGAGAAGUUGCACCCUAACUUAGAUGCCCUGAAUUCCUUUCAGACACUAUGAGAGUGUGGACUGUUCACUUAGGCAUCUAUAACCUCUGGUAUUUUUGUUCAAACUCAUACAGUUACUAGUAGCUCAAGUCCAUUGCGUCCAGAUGGUCUUCAUGGACAGAGAUGAGAGAAGUCCUUUCAUGCCAGAAGGACCUGUUGCUUACUCCAGACAAAAGCCAGACUGACGAUCCAACUUGUAGGCUAUGUGGAUGAUUAUUGUGUUCCUGAACAGAGACAACCAGCCAGGUGCACCCUAAGCUAGAUGCCCAGAGGUACAUGUUACAAAUUCCUCUUCUUAUCUCUAGUGACCAUGCUUCCUUCUGGCAUGUGUCCCACUGCAUUCACACAAAGUAUGGCCCAAAUUGUUUAAGUGAAAGAAACGGAAGGGAUAAUUUUAAUCUGCUAAAUGCUCCAUUUAACAAUAGUGUCUGCAACAGACUGACAUAAAUAUAUGUAGCUCUGGCCAAAGCUCACAAAUGUUUCAGUGUAUACUUUUUGUUAACUGAACAUCUGCACUACAAUGUAUUAUUAAAGGGUUAUUGUUUAAACUAUAUAAACUACAGAACUGAGUAACCCUUUCCUUCUGAAAAUAGGAAAUACAACAUAAUAUUGUUGUUUCUUACGUUUUUAUGUGAAGCUAUUGUCAACCACAUUCAUAAAAAAAACCAACCAACUCAACAACCAAGCUCACAGACAUUCAAUGCCCUCAUGUGAACAGAGAUGCAAUCAUAAAGUCAAUGCAUUCCCACAACUAGACCCAGGAAGGGCUUAGUACAAAUGUCAGUUCAUAGUCAAAACUAGAAUCUAAGGGAUCUGGACUAAGAUAAGUAGGCUGAAUUUUGAGGGUAAUCUUAUUCUGAAAUUAAAACUGAAGGACUGUUAUACUUUUGACUUCUAUAGCUCUUAAUGUCAAUAUAUACAUGUUUGAUGAGCACUUUCUCCAUCUUCCCAUAUGUUUACACAGGAAACAAGUGUGCAUACUCUAUCCACUUGAAGAUUAAAAUACCUCUUUUACUCAUAAAUUAAGAGAAAUACAUUGAGAAGUGAAUUUAUCUGCUAUUUGAAAUCAAAUUCAAGACUUCGUGUAUGUCUGAAAAAGGACAGAUCUAAAGCCUUCUCUGUUAGCCAAGAAAAUUUCAGUCCAUGCUGCAUUAUCAUGUAGUCCAUGGCAGAACAAACUCUGAAGAGCAUUGAUUGAUAGUACUGGGGGCACACUAACAAGUACCAGGAUGGUAUAUCAAUGCUGAAAAAAAUUGUCAUUUCUUAAGAAAAAGACAGUCACCUAGUUGAGGUUAAACUGGCCAUGAAUACAAACUCACUUGGGUAUUGACUCCAUGGCUAUGCAUAGGCAUAAACUUUUGUGGCUAAUUCCCAUUAAUACCCAGAGGCCUGAUCCAUUAAAGCCAACAGUCAGCCCUGUGAUAGCUUGUUGCCUUAUCUCAAUAGACUGCAUAUGAGGAGCCAUCUUGCUUAAGAACAGGAUCCAUAAAACCAGCAUGGUAAAAAACAAACAGAAAAAACUGAGAUUUAUACACUUAUUGCAGGUGCAGUUAGACCCUGGGACUAGCCCCCAAGCAGAAGACAGGUACACUGAUGUCCAGCUUUUUUCUAUCUUAUCAUCUAUCUUAUCAUCUCUUUAGAUGGAAUGGUUUAAAUAUCUAGUGGGUCAAGGAAAAAAGCUUUGGAUGUGUAACUACGUAGGUGGUUAGACUGCUGUUUCUUGUUCAAAAUGUGCUAAACUUCCUUAGAGCAGGGACUGAUAUUUAGCUCUCCAGAAAUAGCAUCACCAUAGCUGACUUCAGCUGCUUGACAUUAUCAAGGCUGAGGUGAUGCUAGAAUGACAAGAAGGGUUUUGAAACUGGACAGGCUUUGCUAAUUAGAAAACUUAACACUUCCGACACUUCUGGAGGCAGUAAUUGGCUUUCUGUUGAACUUCCUCCAUGAUACAGUAUUCAUUGCUCUUUCAGCUUGAGUUGCUGAACGGAAAACAGUCUUAAUAUAAAUUAAUAACAUGCUUUUCUUGAAAAAAAUGCAGUUUUGAUGUAAUGAUUUAAUCUAUUCUGCUGCAACAAGCACAUUAUCAGUCACUGUUUUCCAUCUGUAUUUCCAAAUGUCUCGGAAGUUACUGAAUUGGCUCCAAGAGGGAUAGAUCUCAGCCUCAAGUAUUUAUUUGAAUUUUUAGAACUCAAGAUAGUUACAUAGCUUGAUGAAUCUGAGAGUUACGUAAGUGCUUUAGAAUAUAUUGCUUACUUUAUGCAACUUCAGUUCAGUCCUUGUGUUCAAGCAGCUGGGUUUUGAAGAUGUCAAACUAAACAAGAGAACAAAAACCUUUAAAUUAUUUAAGUUCAGUAUUGUACCUUUGUUUUGCAUGAACUAUGUUACAGUUACAUUCAGCUUCCAAUGUGCACUUGAAGCAAUCUGUACCGAGAAAGUUUAUUACUGAAGUACAGAACAUGGAUGAAAUUAGUCAGAUUCUUUCGCUGUCUCAGUGAUACUAAUUAUUAAUUCUUACGCUUUGAUGAAGCGUGGAAAGAAUGUUUAAGAUUUAGUGGAGACUCACUGAUUCUGUGUUGGAAUGACACUAUAAUUAUGAAUACUGUUUCACUUUGGUUUUAUUUUUUUGUUGUUGUUGUCGGUUUGUUUUGGUUUUUUAAUUGUAGAAGACAGUAUACAUAUGUGGCACCUUAUCAAAAACAUUGUUUGGACUCUAUUUUUUAAAUAAAACUGACUUACAUGGAA